AUGACUUCCACCCAGCAAGAUCACAUCGUUCUUCUUGUCGAUAAUCACUUCUUUGAAAACCUGCCUGCCUGGGUUACCGACAACUUCACCGUCACCCCGGGAGGCUACCACACCGGCCAGCCGUCUCGCAACAAACUGAUCAUCUUCGCUGAUGGAACCUACCUCGAGAUCUUCAACUGGUAUGACACACCGCCGUCUCUUGACGAUGAAAACCUCCCGAUGAGAUGCUGGGGCCCCAAGUCCCCCGGACUCAUCGACUUCGCCAUCACCGACAUGACCCACUCCGCCGAGGAGUCGGUGGGCGCGGUCAACGGCCGCCUGUCCGAUGGCCCCGAGAAAGACGCCGGCCUCGGCGUCAAAUACGGCCAGCCGAUCGCGGGAUCGCGCAAGAAGGCCGGCGGCGCGGAGAUCAAGUGGAAGGUCACGCGGCCAGAGUUCUCCCGGGCCGACAAGACGCCCGACCCGGAGUUCUUUGCCAAUGGCAGGAUCGACGUUCCCUUCUUCUGCCACGAUGUCACGCCGCGCGCCGACCGGGUCCCAAGCCAGGACGAGCAGAAGACGACGCACCCCUGCGGCGCCACCGGCAUCGCGGCCUGCGACAUCCUCGUGCCCGAAGACUUGGUGGCCGAGUACGCUCGUCUCUAUUCCAGCAUCCUCGGCUCCGAGCCCGUUGCUAGCGGCCGAAACUUGUAUACCCUCGACGUGGGCGUGCCCCAGGGGUCUUCCCGUUCGACGGUGGCGGUGCGCGCUGCCGAGACCAAUCAGUAUCUCGACCGUAUGCAAGAGAGGGGCAUUGGCUUUUCCGAUCUCGUCAUCGCCGUCAAUUCCGACGGCCCCGGCGGCGAGGCCAGGCACCCGCUGGGCCCUACGGGGAUCGAAUCCACAAUCUGGCUGGAGACGACAAAGGAGCAGCCUGCAGAGGAGCAGACCACAGAGGAGUAG